AGCAACAAACACUACGUCAAAAAAAGAAGUAUCCGUUGUCCAAGAAUAAUCCACUGAAGUUCUACAGAUUCAUCCUGUGUUGUGCUUCCUAGAAAUCGGCUACCCAAUCCAGGUGAAAUACCAAGCAAGCAGUCUCAAAGCUUGCCCUCGAAGGGAAGUUCGAGAAAGCACAGAGCAAAACACCAUAGUAAGCAUUUAUAACCAUUAUAGGGGGGGAAACACCUAAGUAAGAGAGAAAACACACCUGAGAGUUAAGUCCUGAUAGUUUGAGUAGGAGAGAGAUGGACAAAGGCACACCUCAGCAAAAAGCCGAGAGCAUCAGCCUGCACAUAGACAAAGAACAGGCGCACCACCCAAACAACAAGAAAGACAACAAAGGAUGCCAACGAGAACCACUGCCCGACCCCCAAAUCAAUGUCCCCUCGAGCUCUCAGUCCAACCACCAUGACCAUGCCCCUGAAAAGAAAAUUACCCUCUUUGCCCUCCGCCUCGCCAUUCUGGAGAAAAUGGCAAGCGGCCUAGGCACCCUUGGCUUUAUUUGGGCCACAGUGGUGCUCCUUGGUGGCUUUGCCAUCACUCUCUCUCAAACCGACUUUUGGUUCAUAACCACCAUUCUCCUAAUCGAGAGCACCCGAAUCUUCAGCCGAAGCCAUGAGCUAGAGUGGCAACACCAAGCCACUCGCUCCCUAGCCGAGGCCUCACGGGUCAGCUUCCGAGCAUUGAAAGAGGGCUCUGGCCGAUUGAUUCGAGCCAUGGUGCACCCCCUCUCAGCCACUAGGCUCAAUGACCAUGGCCGCAAAAUCCAAUGGCCAGCAAAGACCCAGUUGCCAGAAGCAGAAGUUCUAAGCCAUCACCUUCCAGCAAGGACUUGGAAAACAUCAGAUGUGCCAUUGUUGCCUUACGCUGGCUGGGUUUUUCUGUCUAAGAAUAUAAGUAGGUCCUUGUAUUGGCUUCAGCUAUUGUCAGCCUGUGCUUGUGUGUGUCUCUCUUUGAUGAGGCUCUCAACGCAAAAGUAUGGCGAAGUUUCUAAAGGAGACUCUGAUAAAACAAACAGGGGAUCAGCUUUGAACAUCUUUUACGGGUUGGCUUUGGCUGAAGCUCUAUUAUUUUUGUUGGAGAAGGCCUAUUGGGAGUGGAAGAUCAGUCAUGGCAGACUCCUUGAACAGGUGAAUUUUGAUUGUGGGUUUGACCAAAUGAGUAUGGUUUCAAUCAAGCGCUUCUUCUAUGAUGCUUACUCUAAGUGUGUAAAUGGGUCAAUCUUUGAUGGCCUGAAAAUGGACCUCGUCACCUUUGCCACUGAGCUCAUGUUGUCAGAUUCCAGUGAUGAACAGCUUGCAGGAAUUCGAAUUCUCGGGCGAUUCUCAACUGGGAACCUUUUCUCAGAUGAGACUCUAAAGAAGCUUGGAACAUCAUCAAUGGCAAUGGAUCGGCUAAUUGAGCUGCUUAAUUGGAAGAAUCCCAGAGAAGAGGAGAUACGAAAGUCGGCUGCAGAGAUAAUAUCGAAACUCGCCGGAAAAAAGCAGAAUGCACUUAAAGUCGCCGGGAUUCCGGGUUCCAUCGAAUCAAUCUCUUCUUUGCUUGAAAAUCCUAGCAAAGAAUCACCAGAAAGCAUCGACACAUAUGACUAUUCAGAGUUUAAUCUGCUGGGUCUUCAGAUACUUAAGGAACUUGCUAAAGAUCAUGACAAUUGUGGGAAGAUAGGAACCACAAGAGGACUCCUACCCAAAAUUGUGGAGUUUACAUGGGCUAAAGAUGUUUUAAUGAGAGGAAAUAGGACCACAGAGUCUCAGAUUAGAGUGGUGAAGCGAUCGUUGCAAAUUUUAACGAUGUUGGUUAGCUCAACUGGUAUCACUGGAAAAAAUUUAAGGCAUGAGAUUUCACAAAAUGUGUUCACAUUAAGCAAUAUUAGAGAGAUCUUACAGUAUGGGGAGAGUUACAGUGAAUUGCAGAGACUUGGGGUGGAGAUUUUAACCAGUUUGGCCAUGGAUGGAGAGGCCAAGGAGAAGAUUGGAGGAACAGGUGGGAUCUUGAGGUUGCUUGCUUCAGUGUAUUUUAAGCAGGGGAUAAUGGCAGCAGGGGAGGCUUUGGAGAUGUUGGGUUUGGAAAGCGAGGAGAAUUGCAAGAGAAUGGUGAGAUUAGGGGUAGUGAAGGAGCUGAUAGAGGGGCUGAGAAACCCUGUUCUGUCAGUGAAUUCGGCUAGGGUUUUGAGGAAUUUAUGUGCCUAUGGUGGAUCUAAUUGUUUUCAAGGGCUAAAUGAAGUGGUAGAUGCUCAACCGACGGUACUCAAGAUGAUAAUGUCAGAGGAAACCAAAUCGCAAGAAGUUGCAAUAGGGCUAGCCAUUGAGAUAUUCAGAUUCAUGGAUAAGUCACAGGUUGAGUUGGCCUUUUGGCAAUCCGGUGUUAGAAAAUCAACACUAGCUGGAUCCCUGGUUCAGAUCCUAAGAAAAUACCCAAAACCCUCAAUUGAAGUUCCACGGAUGAGGAGGUUUGCAAUAGAAUUGGCAAUUUGGAUGAUGCGACUUGAAGAAGAAAACAAUAACAUUUUCCAGGAAUUGGGGUUAAAGGAGGAGUUGGAGAGAGUUGCAGAUACCACAUCAGAGCUCGAGUGUUUCAAUGUAUUCUCAGGGAGUGUUGGGAUCAGUAGGCACCGUAUCCCUAUGCAAAUGCUUGUGACAAAAGCAUUGGAGUUAUUGGGUUGUUAGUAGGAUCUCUACAAUGUGAAUUACACCCCAAAGAAAAACCUCGAAUAAGAAGUUUGAAGAGUCGGUGGAUGCUGUCUCAAAAAACGAUUACUAUGUUAAAAUUUGAAUUUAUUUUAUUGGUUCUGAACAUCCUAUAUGGUUAUCCAUUCUUUAUUAUUACCAUAUGACAAAAAAGGUGAAACAAAUUGGAUA